AUGGAGAAUCGUCAGCCCACCAAUGGAUUCUCAUUCCCAAAGCAGGCAAACAGCUCGAUCGCAUUCCGCCUCGGCACCAGCCCGCCAUUCGGACUGAACAUCCCUGCAUCUCCAACUGCACCUGCCCACAACCGCAAGAAAUAUAUCAUUGGUGUCUGUGCUAUGGACGACAAGGCUCGGUCCAAGCCCAUGCGGAAUAUCCUCGAUCGGCUGUUGAACAGCGGGCCCUUCGAGGCCAUCAUCUUUGGCGACAAGUGUAUCCUUGAUGAAGAUGUGAAGGCCUGGCCAGCGUGUGACUUUUUCAUCUCAUUCUUUUCCAAGGGAUUCCCUCUUCGCAAGGCAAUGGAGUACGUCAAGCUCCGUUCGCCCUUCUGCGUGAACGAGGUCGACUUGCAGACAGUGCUUUGGGAUCGACGACCUGUUUUGGAGAUCCUGGAACAGAUUGGCGUCCAGACACCCAGGCGACUUGUCAUGGAUCGAGAUGGUGGUCCACGACUGGACCCUUUUGUCCGUGAGAAACUCAAGUUACGCGGUGUGAGCAUUGUGGAAAACCGGACCAUGCCUGAGUUUGAGGUAAUUGACCAGGACACUAUCAGGAUUGGCGACCAGAUCAUGGUCAAGCCUUUUGUUGAGAAGCCCGUCUCGGGAGAGGACCACAACAUCCACAUCUACUACCACUCGUCCACUGGAGGAGGUGCCAGGAGACUCUUCCGCAAGGUUGCCAACAAGUCGAGCGAGUAUGAUCCAGAGUUGAACAUGCCUCGCAUUGAUGGUUCUUACAUCUACGAAGAGUUCAUGGAUGUUGAUAAUGCCGAGGAUAUCAAGGUGUACACCAUUGGCGAGAGUUUUGUACACGCAGAAACCAGAAAGAACACGGACGGAAAGGAGAUUCGGUAUGUUGCCCAGCUGACCCCUGAGGAGAAAAGGAUGGCAUCAAACAUCUGCAAGGUGUUCGGACAGCGCGUCUGUGGAUUUGACUUGCUUCGUGUGGGUGGCAAAUCCUACGUGAUCGAUGUCAACGGCUGGUCGUUUGUCAAGGGCAACAACUAUUACUACAACAACUGUGCCAACAUCCUCCAGGACAUUUUCCUCCGAAAGGCGCGCCAGCGUAGAUUGUCCGAGGUCGUCUUCCCCAAGGAGCUCAGUGCAGAGAACUCGUGGCGACUCAAGGCAUUCAUCUCAGUCUUCAGACAUGCCGAUCGUACACCCAAGCAGAAGAUGAAGUUCUCCUUCAGCUCUGCACCUUUUAGAGAGUUGCUGAACGGAGGUGGUGAAGAGGUCAUUAUUCGACAGGCAAGGGAUUUACGACUCGUUUCGGCUGCAGCUGAGCAGGCAAUGGAAGAAGGUCUUGAGGAUACCACCAAGCUGAUGCUGCUCAAGAGCAUUCUGGACAAGAAGUCAGGUUUGCCAGGAACAAAGGUCCAGGUCAAGCCUUCCAUCACCAGCGACGAGGAGGGUAACCACAAGUCAGUCAAGCUGAAGAUCAUUGUCAAGUGGGGAGGCGAGUUCACACAUGCGGCAAAAUACCAAUCUAGGGAUUUGGGCGACAACCUCCGCAAGGAUUUGCAGAUCAUGAACAAGCACGUUUUGGACGAUGUCAAGAUCUUUACAUCAUCCGAGCGUCGUGUCCGCGCCACCGCCGAGUUGUUCACCCAGCGCUUCCUGGAUAUCCGCGAGGUCCCCAAGGACAUGCUCUUGAUCCGCAAGGAAAUGUUGGAUGACAGCAACGCUGCUAAGGAAAAGACCGAUGCCGUGAAAGAGGAGCUCUACGAGCUUUUGCAACGCGACAACCCGGAGGACUUGGAAGAGUUGUGGCCAAGGGGCAAGGCUGAUCCAGGAGAGUUGGUCCAGGACAUCAUUGUGGCGAUGCGUAGACUUCGGGAGAUCAUGCGUAAGAACUUCAAGCAGUGCGACAUUGACGCGAUCCAAAAGUCAUGGUGCUGCUACGAGAGUCCGUCGUUGUUUUACGAACGUUGGGAAAAGAUCUUCGAGGAGUUUGCUGACGUUGAGCGCUCAGAGUUUGAUCCCUCCAAGGUCUCGGAGCUCUAUGACUCCUUGAAGUACGAUGCAUUGCACAACCGACCUUUCUUGGAGGCCAUCUUUGUCGACUCGGAUUCUGAUGAAGGUAUGGGGCCGAUCAAGGAUCUUUACACCAAGGCCAAGAUCUUGUUUGACUUUGUGGCCCCGCUCGAGUACGGUAUCAGCGAGGAAGAUCGACUGGAGAUUGGACUCUUGACAAGCAUGCCUCUCAUCAAGCAGAUCGUCGAGGACCUUGAGGCUUGCAAGCGGCCCGAUGCCGCACCCUGUACACGCCUUUACUUUACUAAAGGUAAGCUGACGCCUUUGUUUACGUUGAAACGCUCAUCUAAGGUAGGUUAUAGAUCGUCAAACUAA